GCUUGCUAGCUUGCUGCCGCUGCUGGUGUCAAGCCUAGCUAGGGGAGAGAAACCGUGGGAGAGGGCAGAAUACGUAUGACUAAAAAAAGAUUAAGCUCGAUUAACAUCUGGCAACGUGAAAGAAAGAAACUGAACGGGUGUCACCAGCGACUUGGCAACAUCUCUUCUCUCCCCUGGCUCUCCGGUGUGUAAGGACACCGCCCCAAGUAUCAUACCUUAAAGUCACUUAGUGCCUCUGUACAUUAGAAGUUUCUAAUUUCACCCCUGCAUUUUCAUCAGAACAAAAACUAUCUGCAAACUACACCAGCAAGACAUUAAUAAGUCAGAUACAUCACAUUUACCAAAGUCAGCACUUUAUUAAGUUUGGUGCCCCAUUUCUGACACUUUCGGAGUUUAAUCCUCACAAUCUAACUGUCAUCAGCAUUGCACAGUUAUCUCAUCAAGCCAGUACAGCUGAGGUUUCUGUAACAGCUCCAUAAUGGCCUCCAUAACCCAGACAUCUCAGCCUGAGAUCCCAGACAACCACAAAGAGAGCUGGUUGGCACUACUUUCUGCUGCAGAAGUGUAUUGUCAAAAAUCUGGCUGUGACCUGGCCAUACUCACAGCCUGUAAGAAAUUUCGGUCAUCAACUGGAGAUGGAGAAGGAGGGAAGAAACGGGAAGGUAGCGCCACCUUUCCAAGAGAGGGGGAUUUCUCUUAUAACGUGUGGGGUCAGGGGUUUCUGGCUGAGUCGGCACGCCGCUACAUGGAUGACAUCGGUGUGCUGCACUCCACAACCAUGCUAACAGCUCAGAAGCAUACGCGCCAAUCCAGGGAAGAGGGAGGGACCAAGCUUAUGGUUGACUUGACCUCUGACCCUGGACACAGGGGGAACUUUACGGGCGAUGGUGGCGUGGGUGGAGUCAGCCCUAACGGCAGACUGUACUCCCAAAGCUACCCGUCGAUCUACAGCUCAGGAUCUGUGAGCGGGCAGGGUGGCGGGCAGAAUGGUAAUGGGGAGAGGGAGCGGGAGAGGAGUACUCUAGAAGCAGAGAGGGGGAGACAGAAGUCUGGGAUUGUGGAUUUGGAAGAAGAGUGUGAGGAUGAAGAAGAGGAGGACAUGGAUGAGAGACGACCUUAUGGGAAUGAAAGUGCAGGUGUUUUCUCAAUGGAUGAGGACUCUCUUUCUCGGGACUGUGAGCCGUUCUUUGAAUCUGAUGGGGAGGAAGAGAGCACAGAUGGCUCAUUAAGCGAGGAUGCCCCGCCCCCGACGCGCAGCAUGGCCAUGGGUCAGCCCGCGUUCUCGGCCCGUCACGCCCACCCGAUGGCUCUGGCCCGCUCGCUGCCUGUAUCUGUGCCUGUGUGGGGCUGCAAAGGCAACAGAGCUCAGGGAGACAGUAACAGUGGUGAGCGGGUGGGUUGUGCUGACCUGGAGCAUAUCGCUGCCAGCAUGAAGGCCCUGCUGGCCCCCGGAGCCACUGAUGGGACGGAGAUGUUCGGGGCCCUGCCACGACCUCGUCUCAACACAGGGGACUUCUCCCUCAAGCACUGAGAGGGGUGGGUGGGGGGGAGUUGAGCGGAGAGAAAGGGAUAGAAAGUUGUGACGAAGCGAAACCUGGAUUGUCUGGCAAAUGUGACGCACACUAUGUGAAACGGUGCAAAAGCAAGCACCUCCAUUUAUCUCUCACUAACCUAAAUUAACAGCACAUGCUUUCAGGAGUAACGGUCGGAAAGAAAUGUUAUCGACACUAACAUUUUCAACACUACUACCCCCGGCUUUGCCACAAAACAUCUCGCAUCACUAGCUACCACACAAACCACAACACUACAUUUGAAUAAGGCCUCCAAAUAUAAGUGCACAGUGACCCACUGCACUGAACACUGACUCUGUAACAGGGUGUAAAGUAGUUUAAAAGAUGUUUGCCUUUUGGUCACAUAACCAGUAAGGUGAUGAGACAUUUUGGGAAAAUGCAUCCAUACCUGCUUCAUUGCUGGCUCUGCUGCUCCAUUGAUCUUUCCCCAAAGAAAAAGAAACUCUAAAUUAAAACAGACAUCAGUACCUUUUUAAAGCUCACUAAUCAAUUGUUGAGUCUAUGCACAUAUAUUUUAGGGAGCUACAUCCUGUCCAUGCAUGUCUAUUUAAGAUUAGGGGUAUUUAACUUCUUUUUUUUUUUUUUUAACAAAAAAACAAAACAGCAAUGAUAAAUAUUCUCCUCUUAGAUAAUUGGUCUCCUUUUCCUUCCCAUAUCCAAAUAUUCCCACAUUGAUGUUGUGAAACAGUUGACAUAAAUAAUGCAAAUUAUAAAACCAGUGGCAGCAUUAAACUGUAGCAAUAGAACAGGUUGUAAAUGCUGGAAAUGGUAAGAGACAUGACAUUUCUCUGUUAUUUCUAUCCAGCUUUCUGUACUUAAGUGAUUAGAAAAGAGAAAGAUUAUGCGAAAGAUGAGAGAUAAGUUCAGAUAUUUCUGCCCUAAGUGCAGAAUUACAAAUGGGAGGCUACGGUAAAUAACAUGGCAGAGGUGUAAACAUCAAAUCCUGGGAUGUUACUGCUCCACAUCAGCUGUAAAUUUACCUCGAAACAUUUGAUUAUACAUUACUGUCUGUUGGAUUAAACAUGGCAGACGACUUGUGAAUUAGUGAGCUUUAUCAAGCCUUUAGAACAAGGGAACAAGGAUUGCAUUUUCCCCUGAUCUAAUAUUUCCAUGAAAUUCCAUUAAAGCCCAACGAUCUAUUAAUUUAAAUCCUUAAAACAUCCUGUCCAUUGAGCGGGGGGGGGGGUCAAAUUUAUAUAAUAGUCUUGAGAUUGUUCUCAAUGGGGCGCUUAUAUCCAGCACAUAAAAAUACUUUCUUAGGAAUCUCAGUUGUAGUUUAACCACUAAUAGUUUAUAUAUUUCAUAUCAACUUGUUUUUGUAUUUUGAUUAGGCUUGAAUGCACAUGUAUUUGAUUAUUGGUCUCAUAUUGAUUACAAAGCUCAUGCAAAAUUCACAACAGGCUUGUAUGUAUAUAUAAGCCAAGCUGCAGUGUUUUACAUACUAAUGUGCUGCAUUCACCUGCAUGAAGCAAGUACUCGGUACAUAUGAGAGCAUUUCCUCAUCCAAAGAAGUAUUAUUGUAAUUUUACUUUUCAUACUUGGUUGUUAAGACUGUUCUAUAAAUGUGAAUCCCUUACCAUAGCAGGCGGCAUCCAUGUUUCAUGUGUCUGCUGGAGAGAAAAUUUACUUCGAAACUGUCCAUUAAAUGACUAAAAGCAGCAAGGAGAGUCCAGAUUUUGCAAGUAGCAGAUGAAAGAAAAAAAGACAUUUGGAUAGAUCAUUUGAGGUUGAUUUGUUAACUCCCAUCACGUACUGGGUAAGAUGACCAACUGGUUACCCCCAGUUGUAUCCCUCUUUAUGAGGGGAAUAAACCAGAGAAAUAGAUUUAACUCAAAGCUUGUGGCUUUUGGAAAUGUGAGCAGAGAACACCAGCACCUCCUCAUAAAAUGCCUGUUUUUAAUUUUUGCCAAUGAAUGACUGAUUGAUAGAAUGAUUGUAUAUCAACAAUGAGUUCUAGGGGAUGGUAUUGUUUCUUUUUUCCCCUCCUUUUCCUCUGUUGUUGAAAUGACUGAAUGAGAGCAAGAAUCUGUGUUUGAGAAAGAGAGAGAUGGAGUUGAUGUGAAGGCAACAUGUCCAUCUCUGACAUAAAAAAAACAGAAUAAAUGUUCCGUUAAGUACUUUUAUGUUUUAAAUAAAGGAGCAACACCAA